AUGGCAUCCGUAUCUUCUAGCGUAGCCGAACUGGCUCCUGGUGGCAGACAAACAAACACCACCGAGUCUACCAGCUCCAAGAAGCCCCAUCUUGUCUUCGCUGCUACCCCUGUUGAUGGGCACACAAAUCCCCUUAUUAGAAUCGCAGAAGACCUCGUCCACCGUGGCUUUGAGGUCACCUUUAUUGGCGGUGACCAAUUCGAAAGCACAAUCACAGGCAUUGGCGCAAGGCAUGUUACCGUUGGACCUCUACUCAACGCCAAGCUGAUGGCGGAGCGUGAGGCUGUUCCUCCUGGUGUUCCUCGGUUGCUCUAUGAUAUCAGACAUAUCUUUACUAUGCAGACUCCUGACCGUUGGAGGAUUCUUAAGGGAGUUCUCGAAGGCAUUCGGGCAAAGGAUCCGCAUCGCGAGGUGGUGGUCAUGCCGGAGACUUGCUUCAUGGGCGCCAACCCUAUCUCUCUUGGGGCACCUCUCCCCAAGGGUUAUACCACCAGACCCAGGGUGGUCAACUUGCAUCCUAUUCCUUACAUGGCUACCAGUAUCGACACUGGACCUUUUGGCCCUGGUCUGCCCCCCGAUUCGACCGAAUCUGGCCGCGCACGAAACCAGGUUAUAAACCAGAUGAUGGUUGGCGGUCCCUUUGCCGAGGUUAUUGCUCAUCAGGAAGAAGUCCUCAAGGAGCUUGGUGCUACUGAGAUUCUUGAGCCUCAGAUUCCUUUCCAUCACUGGAUGCUUAUGCACGACAUGACACUUCAGUUAUGUCCUCCCAGUCUCGAGUAUCCCCGAUCUGACAUGCCUUCCAAUGUCAAGUUCGCAGGCUGCGCGACACCGAAGCCUACCCCCGCCGACUUUGUCUAUCCUUCUUGGUGGGAUGAUGUGAAGCGAGGAGAUCGCCGUAUCGUCGCCGUGACGCAGGGAACUAUUGCUCGUGAUGCCACCAAUCUCAUCAUCCCCACUAUUGAAGCCCUCUCCCAUCGCGAUGAUCUUCUCGUUGUAGCUAUCCUCGGCCAAAGAAACGCUUUUCUCCCCGACAACGUCACCAUCCCCUCCAACACCCGGGUCAUCGACUACCUCCCCUACGAUAUCCUUCUACCUCACACUUCAGUAUUUGUUAUGAAUGCUGGCUACGGCGGCUUCCUCCAUGGAGUGACGAACGGCGUUCCUUUGGUGCUUGCAGGCGAGACCGAAGACAAGCCUGAGAUUGCGAUGCGCGGAGAAUGGAGCGGUGUUGCGGUGAACCUGAGAACAGGCCGUCCUACUCCUGAUCUGGUGAGGGCAGGUGUUGAGCGUGUUCUGGAAGACGACAGCUUCAAGAAGAGAGUUAUGGACGUCAAAGCAGAGAACGAGGCUAUGAAGUACUUUGACUUUAUAGAGAAGCAGAUUCUCUCUAUUGGAGAUUUGGAAGCGUGA